CGGGCUCAGUUUGAUUCGUGCUCUCAGGGACGAACGACGGGCUUGAAAUUCGAUUGCAGUUUUGUGACGUGACGACGCGCGCGGAUCGAACGGAUUUGUGUUAUAAUUUUUUCCCCCAGCAGUUGCUGGCUUGCUGCUGCUGCAUGGAUGGCGUUCCUUCAUCAUUCCUAACAACAGCUCUUCGCGGGACUAUGUGCAAGUGAAGGUCGAAAAGGGACAGCAUCUGGGUGAAUGUGAACCAACUCGGUAUUCGGUAACGGUAUUCCUAGAAGGCCAGAACGGGAAGGGUUUAUCAAACUAUCGCUCGGCCGCGGAUAAAAUCGGAAGAAAAAACACCAAUCGCUGGUGCAGUUUUUGGAAAAAGAAGCUGUCUGUUUUCGGGGUCAGAGUAGUUGAAAAAACGGGUGUUAUCUGACCCGGGAAUCUGUUUUCGCGGUUAGACUAGUGGGUUUUGUCCGGUCCAGGUGUCGUAUCGGUGGAUAAAUCCAUCCGGAAUUUCAGCGACAGCCUCAAGGUGUCAGUCGGUGAAAAGUGGGUGUUUUCUUUUUUCAUUCGCAAAUCCCCCCCGCACGCAAAUUCCCGUCCUGAGGGACCUGGUCCCGGGGAUCCGAGCUGCUGCUGGCUGCAUCUGGAAUGAGCACCGGAAGUCGUUGAAGAAAAUCCUUGCAAGGUGUGCUGCUGCUGGGAAAGUUUGGUGGAAAUCGAUCGAAAGCAGCUGUCCUCGAGAAGGAUAGAAAGAAGGGGAAAAAUCUCACAGCCAGCGAGAAAAUUGAAUGUGAAAAAGGGUGUGUGUGUUUUUCCUCCGAGAGGUUUUCCCUGUUAAAACAAGUGACUUAGUAAGAAGUGAAAGCAAACACGAUGUGCUCGACCGAAGUGUUGGUCCAUCAAUCGGUCAGAUCCCCUCGGGGGAAAAUCUUGAUUCUUGCGGAUGCAUUCCUGGGAAAACAAAUCGUGCGAUUCCAUUCCAUUGUUGUGCAGUGAAUUCUCCCGUUUAAUAAAUCAUCAUCUCUGCAUGAAUCUGUAAAGUGUAUGAAGAUUGAGAAAGCUUCUCACUGAAAUUUGGUGUUAUCGAGAAGUAAUGCUGUAAAAAUUUGUGUGUUUUUCACUCCUUCCGUGAGCUCGGUAAAGAAGUGAGCUUUUUGUCAGGAGAGAGGGUGGAAGAGAAGGAAAGAAAAAAAACAGUGGAAAAUCGAAUUACCUUUCGUAAACGUCGUUGUGGCAUAGUGAAAACAAUAAUCGGGUGGAAAAAGGGCACCGUGCAGCAGGAAAGCCUAGAGUAGAGAACGCGGUUCAACCAACUGCGGUUCUAAAUAACGUGCACACAACCACCUGUCGUUUUUGUGUAAAUACCCUUCUGUGAAACAACAUCGGUUCGCAGGAAGCAACAAAAUAUAAAAGAAGCCCAGAAGAAUUCCCAAGGAGAACCACCUUUACCAGGUUUUUAUCUCUUCAUACUUCAUACAUACACUCGUUGGUUUGCAGUAGCAGCUGAAACCGAAGCAAGCACGCCAAAAUGCCCGGAUUAAUAGGUGUGAGCGAGUUCCUCGAGGAAACCCGCGAGGACUAUAACUCGCCGACGACGUCGACCUUCGUGUCGCGGAUGGCCCAGUGCCGGCAGACCAUUGCCGCCCUCGAGGAGACGCUCGAUUUCGACCGAGAAGGACUGACAAAGCUGAAGAAAGCUGUUAAAGCAAUACACAACUCGGGGAAUACCCACGUUGACAACGAGAUGUGCCUGGUGAGGGCACUGGAACGUCUCGGCUCCGUAGCGCUCUCGAAGGAGGAACCGGACAUCGGGGCAGCAUUCCUCAAAUUUUCCGUCGUUACCAAAGAACUAAGCGCGCUCAUGAAGACGCUGAUGCAAAACAUUAACAACAUUGUGAUGUUCCCCGUGGAUUCGCUACUGAAGAGCGAACUGCGCGGUAUGAAGGGCGAAAUGAAGAGGCCCUUCGACAAGGCUGCCAAAGACUACGACGUCAAGUUCAUGAAGAUCGAGAAGGAGAAGAAAGCGCUGGCGAAGGAUGCCGGCAUGAUGCGAACCGAGGUUACUCCGGCGGAAAUCGCCGAAGAGAUCGAGAAGGAGCGGCGGGUCUUUCAGCUGCAGAUGUGUGAGUAUCUGAUAAAGUUCAACGAGAUAAAGACGAAGAAAGGUAUCGAGCUGUUGCAGCACCUAGUCGAAUACUACCAUGCUCAGAACAAUUAUUUCAAGGACGGUCUCAAAACCAUCGCUCAUUUUGGGACCUACAUCGAGGAGCUGAGCAUCAAACUGCAAACCAUCCGGCACAAACAGGAUGAGGAAAGGCGGAAGCUGCUUGAACUACGAGCCCUACUACGAUCUUCACCGGACUUUGACCGGGUGGAAAAUGUCCCCAGUGAUAAGGGAGCGGCCGGCUAUUCGCUGCACCAGCUGCAGGGUGACAAGAAUCACGGCAUCACACGUUCCGGUCAUCUGCUGAAGAAAAGCGAAGGCAAGGUGCGAAGGGUGUGGCAAAAACGACGGUGUAGAGUCACGGCCGACGGAUUUCUAGACAUUUGCCAUGCGGACGAAACGAAGGCCCCGACCCGUGUGAAUCUUCUGACUUGCCAAAUCAAACCAGUGUCGGACGAUAAGAAAGGGUUCGAUCUGAUAAGCUACAAUCGGCCCUACCACUUCCAGGCGGAAGAUGAAUCGGACCAGAAGGCCUGGAUGUCGGUGCUAAUCAACUGCAAACAGAAAGCCCUGGCCAAGGCGUUCCAGCACGCCAACACUCAAAUGAGUCCUAGUCUAAUCGAGCUGCAGAAAACGGUCAUCCGGUACAUCCAGAACUUGCCUGGUAACGACCAGUGCUGUGAUUGUGGCUCCCGGAACGAUGUUACCUGGAUCAGUUUAAACUUCGGGGUGCUGGUGUGCAUCCAGUGUUCCGGGGUGCAUCGGGAUCUCGGAGUCCAUCAUUCGCGAAUACAAAGUUUAACACUGGACAAUCUGACAACGGCACAGUUGCUCAUUGCCCGGGCCAUGGGCAACAACAGUCUGAACGAAGUUAUGGAAGCUACCCUUGGAAAGGGCAAGUUGACUCCGGAUAGUUCGAUGGAAGAACGGUACGAUUUCAUUAGGGCAAAGUACAUCGCCAAGCGAUAUGUUAUGCGGACAUGUGCCGACGAUCGGGACCUAAGGAACGAUUUGGAGCAGGCCGUGAUCAAUACUGACCUGGGUCAGCUGCUACAGGUGUGGGCUGAAGGUGCUGAUCUCACCUGUGUGCUGCCAUCUUCUGAAUUCGGCGAAACGGCGAUCCACCUGGCGGUGCUUCGUGAGAUGGGAUCGACGCUGCACAUGGUCGAUUUCCUAAUUCAGAACAUGGCCGCCUCGGGGCUGAACAAGCAAACUAAUCCACCCGGACCGGGCGACAUGUCCGGACGAAACACGGCCCUGCAUCUGUGUGCGCUUCACGAUCGACGCGAAUGCAUGAAGCUGCUGCUCAGGUCUGGCUGUGAUCACGAAAUUAAAAAUUCACAAAACCGAACCGCACUAGACAUAGCCAAAGAGAUGGGCCACGAGGCCUGCAAGGAGUUGAUCGAACAUGCCAUAAAGCGCGAAAAAAGCGCCUUCGAUCACAUCAACACUGAUUGGAACAUCCACGACGAUGGGUCGACCGAUUUCUCAGACGACGAUACGGUGCUAAUAGACGAAAGGAAGUCACGCUCGAGACCACCGAGUUUCGUGGGUGGCGACUCACCCGUAGCGCUGCGAUCGCGAUCGUCCACCUGCGAUUCGAUCCAGAGCGGUUCCAGUCCCAGCUCGAGUUGCAACCCCAAUGCCAUCAACAGCAACAGUAGCAGCAAUGCUCAGCAACAGAUUUCGACGGGAAGCGGUGGCCAUCAACAGCGCCAGAUUCCUAUCCCCUCAUCCGGUACUAGUCCUAAACAAUACGCAACCGGAGCGUUUGCAUCCAGCUACAGUUCCACAACCGGAGGCGGUUCUAGUCCAAACUCUAGCAGUUCAAGCAGUAUUAUCCGGCAAGCGUCGGCUCAGAUCUCAGCGGCUGCAGCUGCUGCGGCCGCUAGUUCAUCAAGCAAGAAAUCAUCAUCUGUUAAUAUAGGAUCGCUGAAAAAGCGAACGGCACCUGCUCCUCCACCCACGACUUACGGUACGCUUCCCCAUGCUCCUCGGCACUCACAGAACAUCGACAGCGAAAUCUUCGGACUGUCGUCAUCACACCACCUACAUCACCAUCCACAUCACUCGGAUAUGUACAGCACACUGCCACACCUGAGAGGUUCUUCGCAGCAACAGUUACCGGAUAGCGGGGGCGGAGGAGGAGGCUUAGGCCCAACCAGUGCCGGUGGAGCGCCCGGUGCUAAAUCUAACUCCUCUCAGCAGCUGCAGUUCGAUAACAAGAUCUACGAACGGUUCGAGGGUUACAUGGCCGCCUCCAAUAGGGAUCCCAACUUUUUAAGUUCCUUCACCGGCGGUCAUAAGCGAUCGCCCAGCGGGGAAUCGUUGGGUCGAAAUUUAGCUGGAGCAAAACUAGUCCUUCCAAUGACCGGUGAAAUGCCUCAACUCAAACCAGUCGAUAAAAGCAUACACAACAGACCAAAACUACCGCCGCCACCUGGGCCACCUGCUGAUAAAUCUAUUUCCAACGGACGGUCCAAUGAAAGUAUAUCCUCUCUUGACGAUGGAGUUGUUUUGAGGCAUAAGGUAUCGAGGGCAGCUACACUGAAUUCCUCUCAUAACGACGAGUUCGGUGGAGGGGACAUGGAAUAUAACAAUGGGACGAUAAUUUCAUGCUCGUCGAGCGGUGGUUUGGGGCUCGAUUCGGCUAACAGUAGCUUUGGGCGGCUCGAUACUAGCGGAGCGUCCUCCGGUGGCAGUAGCGGACGGUACGGAGAUGGAUUCAAUCUAUCCAAGAGCCCGGGGUCGUUUCAGAGCUAUCGCCGUUGCCGGGCUCUGUACGAUUGCAACGCCGACAACGACGACGAGUUGGAGUUCAAGGAGGGCGAGAUACUGGUGGUGUUGAACGAGCGAACGGACGACGAGAACUGGAUGGAGGGUGAGAUCGAGGGCGACAGCACCCGGAGGGGCAUGUUUCCCGUCAGUUUUGUCCAGAUGCUGGACGAAUAAAGGUGGAACGAUUAAUGGGUGGAACGAAAGCUGAGCUUUCAUCCCGUUAGAAAUUAUUAAGUGUCCAUUGUUCAUUAUGGGAAGCCGCCAACGAGGAGUGAUUAUUCUAAGUCUGCUGAAUACAAAAUUGUUAGGUUAGAACGAAACAACACUGUAGUAGUGUGGUGGAGAUUAAAUCAGGUCUAUUUAUAUUAUAUUUUAAAUUUAUAACCUGUUAGCGCCACGCCUAGAAUACGCACUGGAAAAUAGUAAUUUACUUCAAAAGUCGCUACGAUAAAACAUCCCAUGAGGAACUGUGUUUGAAUUCUAUGAUCGUGGUAAAACCAGUAGAAGGAACUAAAACGAAUAUAUUAAAUCUGCAAAGUGCUCAAACAAUGAUGUAAAAGCAACCAAUAAUAUGUCUAUUGAAUACACCAAAUUUUAGUCGGGUUGUUGAAGGCAAAGACGCAACUCUUUAGCUUGGUUCAAUUCUAUCAGCCGCAUUUAUCCUCUCACGAGAAUGUGUCGGUGUGAGAAGACAAACAUUUUACUGCGUUUAGAAUUUUGUAAUUGUUGACGUAAGCAAUGAAAAAAAAACCAGCGCAAACUGUAAAAUAUAAAAGCAACUAUUAAAAAGUCUAUACUAUAGAUACUGUUUGUAAACUAUUGAUUACCUAUAUUGAAGAACAACAAAAAACAAAACGCAAACAUUAAAACCAAGAUUUGAAAACUCGUAGCUACAAAAGUAAAAUAUGAAAUCGAUCAAAACUUUUGACGUUGGGCAUACAGUGGGAGGAAUAUUAGAAAACAAAGAACAUACUUUUAUGUGCCAGUAUACAGAAAUGGAAUCUAUUAAUAUAAUAAAAGAUGUAAUAGGAUGGAAAUAGAAAAAAAAUUGAACGAAAUCUUACAAAAACCAGUCCAGUGAAACCGCGUGACUAGCAAAAGUGAAGCCAAAAUAAAACGUUAGUUGAUGUGUAAUGAAAACUUUUUAGAUUUGCCUUUUCUUCAUCACAAUUUUUCCUUACAAUACCAAUUCUCUUCCCGUUCAGAUUUUAGACAAACAGAAGAAAGAAACCAGAAUACCAAAACCUAUCGAUCCCGGUGGCAAAAGUAAAAAUAAAAAAAAAGAAUAAACCCAUUUUAAGUAGAGGUGUACCUUAAAUCUUCAGAGAGAAAAUACCCAAAAAACUAGUACUAUUACUGUUGAACUAUUGAAAAUUGAUAAAAAAAAAGAGGAGUAAACAAAAACCAGAGUCAAAUGAAACACUUGUUAGCAUACUUCAGAUAGUAGAGAGAUGAUGGUAUUCAGUUCCAUGUUAGAGUAACCAACCACAAGCAGCUACCGAAAACCCAGAAAAUCAAACCAAAAUACUCAUCAAUCAUUGGGAUAAUCAAAUUGAUAUAGCCAAAAGAAUCACAUCAAAUUCAGACAACAAACAAGUAACUUUUAAAUCAAAAUGAAGCAAAUUAGAGUGCAUAAUCCUAAACAACUGACUCAGAUGAGAAUGGAAAACGGAAAAGUAAAGUACUCAUCAACAGAGACAAACAGAAUCACAUGUGAUUUAGACAUAUUUUUCAUCGGCCAGAUAGAUUGAUUGUCGUAAAUGCAAAUACCUAAAUAAUGAAAUGAGAGAAGAAAAAUUAUAACAUUGACAGAGAAUAAAAUAAAAUGAAAAACAUUGCAAACUGAAAGAUACCAUUAUAUAACGUACAAUAUAGUAAAAAGUGUUGAAAGGAAGGAAGUGGUCCGAUCGGCAGAGAAGCGAAAACGUAAAGAAACGCUUGUUGAUAUUGGCAAGAAAAGAUAAAAUAAAAACUAAAUACGGCAGCACUCGUUGCAAACCUUGUGAAC